GUGUGGAAUCCCCGUGUCAAUAAUUGUUUGCAAUUUACACGUAUUCGAACGAGUUCAUAUAGAAAUAUAGUGUAUUUAGUGAUUUGUACGAGUGACAAGUUAAGUAAUUAAUUAAAUAAAGUGAAAAAAUUAUGGAUAUACCUGCAAGUACAUAGAGGUGGUAACAUAUAAAUAAGGAGGAGGACGAUACCGAGAUGAGAUUAGAAACGAGGCACGCUAGUGCCGCCACCAAGUUCCGCCUGCUCAUGUGGAAGAACUUUCUGCAGCAAUGGAGACAUCGGCUACAAACUGUCGUAGAGCUACUAUUGCCAGUCGUGACAAUGGCGCUGGUGCUCAUCCUUCGGUGGCAGAUACCGCCUUAUCAAAUCGAUACACUCACUUACCCCGCGUUGCCAGCGCACACACUCAACUACUCUACCAAUAUCCUUUUUGCCAUGAAUAUGGAAGAAUUAUCAAUUGCAUACUCCCCGGCAAGUCCAGUGUUAGAUGAUGUAAUGAGAACUGCUGUUAUUAAUUUACUAACAGCCAAUAUGAAAGAUCUGAUUCCUAUUUUUAUUGAUAACUUACCACCGGGGAUAGCCAAUAUAACAUUUCCACCAGAUAUGAACUUAAAUACGUCGGCCAUUGAGGAGUUCGUGAAGUCACGAAUACGAGUCGUACCUUAUAACAGCAGUUAUGAAAUAAGAGGGAUCUACGUUGACGAAGAAACUACACGCAGCAUUAUCGCUGCCGUCGAGUUUGACGAUAAACUAUAUGGAGCAGAACAGUUGUCAAAUAAUUUAUCUUAUUCGCUACGUUUUCCUGAGAGACCCCGUCUCAAUUCGUUUUUCCAAACUGGAGGGCGCACCUGGAGAUCUGACGGAGUAUUCCCGGUUUUCGAAGUGCCUGGGCCUAGAUUUCCUCACUCGUGGGAAGGUGGUAAUGACCCAGGUUACGUUAACGAAAUGUUCGUGGCACUUCAACAAGUUAUUUCCAUGGAGCUGGUAUCAAGGGCAACCGGGUUGGACUUGAAGUCAUUUAGGGUGAACAUACAGAGGUACCCGCACCCGCCGUACCUUCACGACCAGUCAGUGGAUCUGCUGCAAUUUAUGUUCCCCCUGUUCAUCAUGUUGAGCUUCAGCUACACUGCUGUCAACAUUGCACGGGCGGUCACAGUUGAGAAGGAAUUGCAAUUAAAGGAAACUAUGAAAAUUAUGGGCCUCCCCACAUGGUUGCACUGGACAGCAUGGUUUGUUAAACAGUUUAUCUACCUAUCAAUCACAGCUGUUCUGCUAGUUGUGUUGCUAAAGGUAAAUUGGUUUACUAACGACGAUGGCUUCAGCGAAUAUGCUGUAUUUACUAAUACACCUUGGACGGUUUUGCUAUUCUUCUUGAUACUGUAUUUAUCUUGCGCGAUAUUUUUUUCUUUCAUGGUAAGCAGUAUAUUUUCAAAAGGUAGUACGGCCGCGUUGUUUAUGGCGGUGGCAUGGUUCCUCACUUACAUCCCUGCUUUCCUCCUGGCCAUGGAUAUCAAUAUGUCGACUGCGGUGCAGGUCAUCACAUGCUUCAGUAUUAACUCUGCGAUGUCCUAUGGUUUCCAACUAAUGCUCGCUAAGGAAAGCACUGGAGGGCUGCAGUGGGGCGACUUCAUGACGUCACCAGGGACGGACACCACGCGCUUCGUGUUCGGCCACGUGGUCAUCAUGCUGGUAGUGGACUGCCUCAUCUACAUGCUGAUCACCCUCUACCUUGAACAAGUGCUACCAGGCCCCUUCGGGACUCCCAAACCUUGGUACUUCCCCUUCCAGUUGCAGUUCUGGUUCCCAAAUUAUAAAUCGAAAGAUGCUGGAUUAAUUUUCGAAAAUGAUAAUAGUGAAUUCGAUGAUAUUAUAAAAGAAAAGGAUCCCACAGACCACGAAGUUGGUGUUAAAAUGCAAAAUUUAACAAAAAUCUUUGGGAAUAACAUAGCUGUUAACAAUUUAUCUUUGAAUAUCUAUGACGACCAAAUCACAGUUUUACUUGGUCAUAAUGGUGCUGGCAAAUCAACUACAAUAUCUAUGUUAACAGGAAAUUUAAAGGUAACUCGCGGGACAGUGAACGUUGCCGGAUAUGAUAUGACUUCUCAAAGCUCCGCAGCCCGUUCCCACAUUGGAUUGUGUCCUCAGCACAAUAUACUGUUUAACGAACUCACGGUCAAAGAACAUUUGGAAUUCUUUGCUAGACUAAAAGGAUUUAAAGGCAAAGAACUGUAUGAAGAGAUAGACUCACUUAUUGAAAAAUUGGAACUACAGGAGAAGCGUGACUACCCCUCAAAAGGUCUGUCAGGAGGUCAGAAGCGUCGUCUUUGUGUUGGUAUUGCUCUGAGUGGGGCGGCACGAGUGGUCUUACUCGACGAACCUACGUCUGGCAUGGAUCCUUCAUCUCGUCGAGCACUGUGGGAACUCUUACAGAAGGAAAAGAAAGGUCGCUCGAUGAUCCUGACGACUCAUUUUAUGGACGAAGCAGAUAUUCUCGGCGACAGAGUGGCUAUAAUGGCAAACGGUAGACUGCAAUGCGUGGGCUCUCCGUAUUUCCUCAAACGUCAUUAUGGCGUCGGGUAUACCCUGGUGAUCGUUAAGGACACAGACUUCGACUUUGUGAAAUGCUCCGUACUUAUCAAUAGCUAUAUUCCUGGUACUAUUGUUAAAGAAGAUCGAGGAACGGAAAUCACUUAUAAUUUGGUAAACGAUUACUCACACGUUUUUGAAGAAAUGUUGAAUGAUUUGGAAAGAAAUAUUGAUAACAUCAAAUUUAAAAACUAUGGUUUAGUUGCUACUACAUUAGAAGAUGUCUUUAUGUCCGUUGGUGCAGACUUAAGUCCAAUUAAUUCCGAAUCUGACGAUGCUAUUACUACUACUACUGACUCGACUAUCGAUGAUAUAUUAAAACAAGAAAUCGAUUCAUCUUUGGAAGAACUGGAUAAGGACGAGAGUAACGUGACGGGCCUCCGCUUGUUCGGUCAGCAAGUGCUGGCUGUAUGGAUGAAGCAGUGGCUGGUGCUGAUCCGCUCGCCAUGGGUCAUGGUACUGCAGUUUUUGGCGCCAGUGGUACUCAUCAACUCCACGCUAGGAGUUCUGCGUUACGUCAUGUCUUUAUCACCGACCAUUAGAACUAGGUGGUUGUCGUUGGAAGAAGGGUAUACGGAAAGCGAAACUCUGCUCAGCUUCAACGGUAGUGUAGCGUCAUCAGUGGGUGCCCUAGCCGCGCAAGCAUACCAAAGCCUGUUCGCCAAUUCUGGUGUUAUGGACAUGGAAAUCAACGCUAUCGGAAGCCAGCCAAUAGAAGAAUAUUAUCUAAAUAGAACAAGUGAUCCCGUUGUGAUGGGUUCGCUGCGGCACCGCUUGCUGAUAGGCUCCACAUUUGACGACAACUCUGCUACCGCCUGGUUCAGUAACUUUGGCUACCACGAUGUUGCUACAUCGCUUGCGGCAAUCCACUCAGCUAUUCUCAGAUCUAAAAACUCUGAUGCAGUACUCAAUGUAUAUAAUCAUCCGUUGGAAGCUUCGUAUAUAGAUCAGAGUGACGUGCAGACUAUGAUAGCUAUGUUGUCCAUGCAGUUGUCCUCUGGCAUCGGCAGUAGUGUGAGCAUUGUUAGUGCGGUUUUCAUCAUGUUUUAUAUCAAGGAACGUAUGUCGGGGGCAAAACUUCUACAAAAUGCAGCAGGCGUGGCGCCUUCUGUGCUGUGGGGCGGCGCAGCGAUCUUCAAUUGGUUUUGGUUCCUCAUCACUUGUGUUUCCAUCGUCAUCUCGUGCGUCGCUUUUGAUGUCAUCGGGUUAUCGAACGUGCAUGAAUUAGGUCGAAUGUUUUUGUGCGUCAUGGUAUACGGUGCGGCGAUGUUGCCAUUAGUGUACCUUUUGUCGCUUAAGUUCAAGGGACCAGCUGUCGGCUUCGUGGGCUUCUAUUUCCUCAACGUGCUUUUCGGUAUGAUGGGUGCGCAGGUGGUGGAGGCACUAUCCUCUCCUAUGCUGGACACAGAGCAAGCCGCCCACAUCCUUGACUACUUACUGCAGUUCUACCCGCUUUACAGUCUUGUCACUUCUAUCAGGUUUUUAAAUCAAGUCGGCCUACGGGAGUAUACUUGCUUACAAGGCUGUGAAUACUUGCAGGCAGUAUACCCGAAUCUAGAGUGUAGCAUGGCAAGCAUGUGCGAAUUCCACAGUAACUGCUGCGUUCGUGAAAACCCAUACUUCGAUUGGGAGGAACCAGGCGUCCUGAGGUACUUGCUCAGUAUGUGCUUCUCCUGCCUAAUCUUCUGGUUGCUGCUUAUGACCAUUGAAUACAGAGUGGUGCAAAAGGUGUUCACAUUCAAGAAGACUCCUCCUCCAAUAGACGAGAGCACGUUAGACGAGGACGUGAUGACAGAGGCGAGGCGCGCGCGCCAGGUGCCGCCGACACGCCGCAGCGACCACGCGCUUCUCGCUCACGACCUCUCCAAGUACUACGGGAAACAUCUCGCCGUAGACCAAGUCUCGUUUAGUGUGAACGACGGCGAAUGCUUCGGUCUAUUGGGUGUGAAUGGUGCCGGAAAAACGACCACCUUCAAGAUGCUGAUGGGUGAUGAGUCCAUUUCAAGCGGCGAGGCGUAUGUCUCCGGGCACUCGGUGCAGAGGAAUCUCGAUAGAGUACACGAGAAUAUUGGAUAUUGUCCGCAAUUUGACGCAUUAUUUGGUGAGCUGACGGGUCGCCAGACACUACACAUGUUUGCGUUGAUGCGCGGCUUGCGUUUACGCACUGCAGCACCUUCGGCUGAAACACUCGCACAUGCGCUUGGCUUCUUCAAACAUCUUGAUAAAAGGGUGCAUCAGUAUUCAGGCGGCACGAAACGCAAGCUUAACACGGCGAUAGCAUUCAUGGGACGAACACGGCUUGUGUUUGUUGAUGAGCCUACCACUGGAGUUGAUCCCGCCGCUAAACGCCACGUAUGGCGCGCUACCCGCGGCGUGCAGCGAGCAGGUCGCGGCGUGGUGCUGACGUCACAUAGUAUGGAGGAGUGCGAGGCGUUGUGUUCGCGACUGACCAUCAUGGUCAACGGUCGCUUCCAGUGUCUGGGAACGCCACAACAUCUCAAGAACAAAUUUUCUCAAGGCUUUACUUUAAUCAUUAAAAUGAAAACUGACGACAGUGACAGCGACACGCAGUCAGUAAACAGCACUACCAGCGUAGUAGAUAGUGUCAAACUAUACGUCUCUGGGAACUUUGAAAGUCCAAAGAUAAUGGAAGAGUAUCAUGGUCUUCUAACUUACUACUUGCCUGACCGUAGCAUGGCAUGGUCACGAAUGUUUGGUAUCAUGGAGCGCGCCAAACAGAUCUUACAAAUUGAGGACUACAGCAUAUCGCAGACUACCCUCGAACAAAUAUUCUUGCAGUUCACCAAAUACCAAAGAGAAGAAGGAACGACGUUAUAACGAUUGGAUAAUUAGCGGUAAACAAUAAUGUUAUUGGAAUGAUUUUUUUUUAGUUAAAUAACUACGUGCAAAGGUCAGAAGGAGCUUAUUCGAGAGAGCUAAUUCCAAAAAUCCACAAUUCAUACCAUUGUAUUUUAUGUGAUUUUUUUUUAAUGAUAGACAAGCUAAUAUAUAGCAACAUACCAUGACCAAAGACCAUACAUACUAUAUUUAAUAAGAUUUUAAAUUAUUGUUCUUAAAUCGUAAAAAGGCGUCAAAUGGCGGGUAUAUCAAUGUGUAGGUAGCCUCCUAACGGAUAAGAUGAAUUUAAUGCAUAUAUUGUUUUAUUGUUUCGUUCUGUAUCGUGUCGGGGUUUAUUUAUUAUCCGUAAAUAGGUGCCAUAGAUAACCUAUUUAUUUUUGAUAGGAUAUCAAAUAAAUCGCAUUAGCGCUGAUUAAUUCUAACGGUAUCUAAUAUAUGUAGGUACAAAAGUACUUCUAAACUGAGAUUACCUAUAAUCAGUAUAAAAACUGCGAAUUAUCCUUAGCAUGACUAACAAAUAGAAUCGGAAAAGUAUUUGCCAUAUAGUAUUUGUUGAAUAUACUUAGUACGUUUUGUUCAAAAGAACUUUGACUAUAAAACUCUUAAAAUGAGACCUGAAUUUUUGAAUAUUUGUAUCAUCAAUCAAAACAUCAAUGGUUUGGUCGUAGUUAAGGUCAAAUAAUAAAAGUAUCCUUUCAAUGAUUGACCAGUGUUGUGCAUACGUAAGUGACAAUCUACUUGAAGAAAUUUUAGUAGAUAGAAAAAAUUGUAGUUAGUUAUUUCAUUAGGUUUAAGAUAUUAAUCAAACUGUAAAUAUACUUGUAAAUAAUGAAUGUUAUUUAUAUACAAUUUUAGACAAUUUAUAGAAUAAAUAUAAAUAAACACAUGCUCAAGCGCUUCGCAUGUGUUUUUUUGUUUGUAAGGAGUUAUCCAUGAUUAUACCAAAUAUUUUUUACUUUGAUACCAAAUGGGCUAUAGACAAUUUAGAAUUAUUUUGUUUUGUGUGCUGUGUACCUUUUUAUAGUAUUUUUAAUGAUUUAAUUUAAGGUUUGAUUAUACUUUCGAGAUAAUAUCGUGAAUGCCUUACAUUAUGAAUGGUUUUAUUACAUUUUGGCAUCAAACGUUUUAUAAUAGAUGUUUAUUUUAUAUUGUGAUUUUUUUCGACCUGACAUUAUAAUUUAUAAUCUGAAAUAAAAUAAAUUGUGAUCAAA